AUGGCGAGGAGGGAACAUCCCGUCCGAGUGCUCGGCCCUGAUGAUUAUAAUAAAUCCUUCCAGGUAAGUGCUUAAUUUGACCAUUUUUAAAUUUAUAAUUCUGUUUUUAGGAGGUUGGGAAAGAAGAAGUUCAUACUGUGGAAGCGUUUGAAACCAAAAUCCAUGGAAAAAACAUCGAGGUAGGUAACCAAAAAUAAAAUUGCAAAUUCUUUCCUAUUAUUUAUUUAACCAUCGUUGUAAUAACAUGUGACAUUUACAGCCGAAACGUUCGUUUUCGACCAAAUCAUUCAUCGAGAGAAGGACCUUCGGCAGAGAUGAGAAUGGAGACUUGGUGGUCAAGAUCGAGAAUAAUGUAAGGGAGCUCUCGUGAAAGGAAAGGGCGUUCAUUCGCACAAAGAAUACCCUAAAGUCCUUCUAAAAUUUGUAAAACUAAGAAAACCGCUUCUAAACGUGCUUUUCAAAACACUCUCGAUGAUUAUAUUUCCUUUACAACAGGAGGAAAUUUCUCGAAAAGAAAUAAAAAAUAGGAAAUCUUUGCAAGAAAGGUCACGUUCUAUGAUCUCUUGGAUAUUUGCAGCCAAAAGAUCCAGUCCGUCCAGUUUCCCCAGUGAGGUUGACUGAUGGGAAUGAAGAAAAGACCCUGAGGCCAUUACCCAAUCUCGAGACUACACCUUUACAUAUACCCAGAGUCGGCCUUAAGGGCAAUGGAAAGAGAUCGCCUUCGAUUCAAUGGAGAGGUAAUUCAAUUUUCCAGAGACUGUUUUUUUUCUUGGUACCGUCAAGGGAAGUGAGCUCCCAACAAUUUUUCACGAACAAGAACGUUUUUAACCCAUGAGUCUGAAAAUUUUGAUGACAUUUGUUGUUUUUACAUUCGCAAUGAGAGCCAAUUAUCUUCUUCUUAGACCAAAUCUCACCCGAAUCGAGUUAUCGACGGUCCUCUCCCCAGCCAACCUUCCGAAGACCUUCACCCAGUUUCGGUCGUCCUUCCCCUCAACCAAGUCAUCAUUCUGGGAGAUCUUCAGGAUUCAGUUCCGGCUCCAAUAAUUCAGAGUUUGCGGCUUCGGUCCCGAUGAAAAAGAUCACGAAAAAAUCUCGGUUGGUAAACAUCUUCGAUGGUCGGCCUAUGAGUGAUUACGAGGAGACAGUGCACUUUGUACCUGUAGACAGACCGCCAAGGUAAACCGACAUAAUAUAAUUAGCUUGGAGAGUCUGGUUAUAACACCUAAGAGUUGUAGUUUUAAAAUAUAAUUGAAUUACUCCAACUUUAAAACGAUUGCGUAACUCUUUUCUCUUUUCAGUCGAUGGAACGAGAGCGACGAUUUAUAUGGGUAUCGGAAUCGAGGGGUGAAUUUGGAGCAGAAUUCGAGAGUCUCGAGGUUCGACCACGGGAUGGAUGUGACGCAGAAUCCUUAUUAUUCAGAUUAUUGA